AUGUUACAAAAAUUCACAAACACCCAGGAAGCUACAAUGAACUUCAUUCGUGACAAUAUUACAGAAAUGAAAACACAGGUUAACAACAUUAAAGUGGCUACCGACACUCUGAAUAAAGACCAGAUAUCAAUGAAGGUCCAAAUAUCAGACAUAACUACAAAGGCAACAGCGGCGGAUAAUAAAAUUCAAUCUCUUGAGGCAGAAAUCGUUACUUUAAAAAAUAAUAUGGCAUUCAGUACGACGAUGUCAACUUCUGAUGAAAAUGUUAUCCAAGAAUUACAAGAAAGGUUUGCUAGGGAAAAAAAUAUAAUAGUGGUAGGCAUACGUGAAUGCAAAACAACAAAAAUUGAUGAAGGCCGCGCCUAUGACUUUAGUGAAGUCUCGAAAACUAUAAACAGCUUGAUACAAGAGUGCCCGAAACCUUCUCGAGUAUUUCGUCUUGGUAAAUAUCAACCUACAAAGGAUCGCAGCAUUAAAGUAUUGUUACGAGCUUAG